AUGGCAACCACCACAACAACACCGGUCGAUACAUUGCACCCAUCAGCAGCCGUUUCUAAUAAUGAGCCCAAGGCUUGGCUCAGAGCCCAUGGUCGUGUCCUGCCGCAAUUCCUGAUUACGUUGACGUCGUAUAUGGCGAUUGGGACUUUGGCAGUAUUUACGGUGACGUCGCUCUUUUGCUUUUUUCUUGCCGUCAGUGUAUGUGAAGAUGUGAUCCGUGCGGCUAUCCCUACACGUUUACUGCAAUAUGAAUGGAUCAUUGUGAUUGACAAGGUGCAGGCACACUUGACGCAUUUUGCCGAGUGGGAGCAGCGGAAAAGAGACGCAUGGCCAUUCAAAUACCGAGAUAUGGAUCGCUUCCACAAGAUGCUAGUUUAUUUGACAGAAUACCUAAGAGACUAUGUGCACCACCACCGUCAUCAUCAACAUCAAACACCUACCAAAUAA